UUCCACAAGAUGGCGUUAAAGCUUUUAACCCCAAAGCAGAUAUUUAGUAAAACUCUGUGAAAUUAUUUCCAGACGGAAAAAAAUUAAUUUAAUAAUCAUUUAAAUAAAGUAAUUAUGGCUGCUGGUGGUUCCAAAGUUGCUCGCUUUCUAAUAAGCGAUGGCUUAAAAAAAUGGUGCUACAACCAAUCUCGUUUCAAUCAAUACGGUCUGAUGCACGAUGACUGUAUUUAUGAAUCUGACGAAGUAAAGGAAGCGUUACGUCGCCUUCCCGAAGAUGUUAUGGAUGCCAGAGUAUUCCGGAUCGUUCGUGCAAUGCAAUUGAGUUGCCAGAAAAUUGUAUUGCCUAAAGAACAAUGGACAAAGUGGGAAGAAGAUGUCCGUUACUUGCAACCAUAUUUGGAAGAAGUAAGAAAGGAGAUAAAAGAAAAAGAAGAAUGGAAUGCAGAAUAAGUAUUGGAUAAUUAAAAUGAAUUAAUUUAAUAAACAAUAGAUCAAUAAUAAAAAUAAUUAGUAUAAUUGUCCCGCUUGAAUGUAAAUUAUACUGAAUUGAAGAUAAAUGUAAAUAAAAAUAAAAACCGUUCAA